AUGGCCGAGACGCCGAAGCGCAAGCAGGUGAACCUGGGCCUCAUGGGCGCCGGUGGCAUGGCGGGCGUCGUCUCCAAGAGCGUUGUCGCGCCCUUUGAGCGCGUCAAGAUCGUGUGCCAGACCGGCGCGAGCAACGACGGCAUGGUCGCCACGACGCGUCUCAUUUUUCAGACCGAGGGCUUCCUUGGCUUCUGGCGCGGCAACUUUGCGGCGUGUGUGCGCAUCCUGCCGCACAAGGCCAUCUUGUUUGGGUGGAGCGACAUCUACCGGAGCAUCCUCUCGACGCAGACCGUCGUGCCGAUUGCGCCGAGCCAAGUCGGCUUCUUCGCCGGCGGCUGGGCAGGCAUGACGGCGUGCAUCUUGACGUACCCGCUCGACUUUAUCCGCACGCGUCUCUCGGGGACGAUCGAGUCGCUGCCGCGGCACUCGGGCAUGCUCUCGGCGUUUGUCGUUAUCGUCAAGGAAGAGGGUGUGCGUGCGCUCUUCCGCGGCAUGGGCCCGACCUUGCUCGGCAGCGUGCCGUACGAAGGCAUCAAGUUUGGAUCCUACGACCUCCUCCGCAGCUUCCUUCCCGAAGGCAUCGACCCCAAGGCGGACUUUGCGGGCAAAAUGAUCUGCGGUGGCGGCGCCGGCAUGAUUGCGACGCUACUCACGUACCCGAACGACACGGUGCGUCGCCGCAUGCAGAUGCAAGGCAUUGGCGGCAACCCGCGCUUGUACCGCCACACGCUCGACUGCUACAUCAAGCUCGCGAAAGCCGAGGGCAUCAAGAGCUACUACCGCGGGCUCACUCCAACGCUCGUGCGCGCCAUGCCCAACAUGGGCAUCCAGUUUGCUUGCUACGACAUCUUCCGUAGCUGGCUGCCCAAGCAGCCGUGA